CCUCUGUCUCUCUGCAGAGUCACCACCACCGCCAUGGAGGGGAUCGUGACCAUGUACCAGGACUUCAUGAAGAAAGCAGACCCCCGCAUUGCUGACUACCCACUGAUGCAGUCUCCCUUCCUUGUGAUGGGCAUCCUUCUGACAUAUGUCUACUUCGUACUAUCCUUGGGCCCUCGGCUAAUGGCCAACAGGAAGCCUUUAAACCUGAAGAAGUUUAUGGUGCUAUACAACUUCUUUCUGGUGGGACUUUCACUCUACAUAGUUUAUGAGUUCCUGAUGGCUGGGUGGCUGACUGGCUACACCUGGAGAUGUGACCCUGUGGACUUCUCGCAGGACCCCAAGGCUCUAAGGAUGGUCAGUGUCGCCUGGCUCUUUGUCUUCUCAAAGUUCAUCGAACUGACAGACACGGUGAUCUUUGUCCUGCGGAAGAAGAAUGAACAGGUCACAUUCCUGCACCUCUUCCACCAUUCUGUUCUGCCUUGGAGCUGGUGGUGGGGAGCGAAGUUUGGUCCAGGGGGAAUGGGCUCAUUCCAUGCUAUGAUCAAUUCCAUGGUGCACGUCGUCAUGUACUUCUACUAUGGGCUGUCAGCAGCAGGACCUGCCUUCCAGAAGUACUUGUGGUGGAAGAAGCACAUCACGGCCAUCCAGCUGGCACAGUUUGUGAUCGUCUCUGUCCACAUCUCCCAGUAUUACUUCAUGCCUAGCUGCCAGUACCAAUUUCCCAUCUUCAUCCACCUCAUCUGGAUUUAUGGGACCAUCUUCUUCAUCCUGUUCUCCAACUUCUGGUACCAGUCCUACACCAAGGGCAAACGGUUGCCCAGAACGGCUCAACAAGCAGCCCAGCACAACGGUAGCAGCAUCCAUGAGAAUGGCACAGUCACCAACGGCAAGGUCAAAGCCAACUAGAGGGCAAGGCCCUCCCAGAGCCAAUGAGAGCCCCGGGGCAGAGGCAGCUGGGACCUGUUCCCCUGCUCCUGGGUGCCACUAGCCAAAUCAAGUGCCUACAGACUGUUGUACCCCUGUGCCCGGCCCUGCUGUCCUCUGUCUGCAUGCCCAGCCCCUCUGCUCUGAGCAGCCACGGGCAGCUUCUCCCGCUGCUGGGAGGGCUCAUGCUGCUUUUCAGUGUUGUUGAGCAGAGAGGCAGCUGCCUGCAUCACAGCUCUGGGGCUGCAGCCCCAUUCCAGUGUUUCCAAAGGAACUUCCCCCAAGUGCCUGAAUCUGGCCCUUCUGCCUGGGGCUCACUUCCUUCUGAGUAGGACCAAAAGAAGAGACCGGUCCCUGUCCUGGUGCCCUUUCCUCUUCCCUCAUCAGAACCGGUAUGGAUGAGCAGACUUGUCCCCGGUUGCUUGCUGCUGCCAGCACAAGGGUGAAUAUUCCUGCUCUGCCAUGCCUUGUGCCACCUUGUCAGUGCCACGGUGCUGCAUGUGCCUUCCCCCUCUGGUCCCCGUGUGCCCGGAUGGAGAGUUGUGCCCUGGUGCUGGUGCUCAGGCAUGGCUGUGGAGAAUGUAGGGGCAGCGAGGGUGGCACCUGAGGCCCAGAGCUGCCCAGUGCAAUA